AUGCUUGGAACAUAUCAGGAGGGGCCGACCCUCAUCCGAAGAGGAGAGGAGGAGGAGUGGGUUUCGAUGAAGCUGAGGCCCCACGUGCAUGAAUUCCUGGAAGCACUUGCCAAAAUCUAUGAGGUCUUUGUGUUCACCACUGCCAAGCAAGAGUAUGCUGAUAAAAUUCUGGAGGGCCUUGGACCACAGAGGAACCUGAUCAGGCACCAGUUGUAUCAAGAGGACUGCCUCUGUUGCAAUGGCUCCUACAGAAGGGAUCUCUCCGUGUUAGAGAGAGACCUGGACCGAACUGUGGCUGUUGCAAAUGACCGGCAAGCAUUCCCUUACCAGAUAUCCAACGUGAUACUGAUCCCAAGAUGGACGGGAGAUCCUCAGGACAAAGAGUUGCUGGGCCUGAUCCCUGUGCUGGAGAAGCUUAGCUAAAUGGUUUUGUAAUAUCGUUGGGAGGAGUCACCUUGCUUUGUGUGCUCGGCGGGUUGGGUAUGCUAUCACUGGCAGUGUCUGGAGUGCUGAGUGUUUGUUACUUGUCUCUUACAACUCUGCUCAGCUACUGGCCCACUCCAGACUGCCUGUCAAAGAAAGAAAUUGCUAACGGAAGCAGUUUUAUGCCAAGCGACCAGGAUAGUGGUGCUAAUAAGACUGAAUAAAUUGGACUGGUGCUUUUGAAUUCUUCCUUGAGUAGCACUUUAAAAAAAUGCAGAAUUUUGAAGGGAUUGUUACCUUCUCAAAAUGUUUACCUGUCAGAAUGGUCAAGUUGUGGUUUAUUAUUUCCAGAAGCUGGAGGCUGUUUCUUUUUCUUCUGGCUGUCAUUAUAAUGGCUGAACCAUCAUUAAGUAUGCUGUCAUGUGUUGAGUAACUCAGACGCAGUCGCUAUAGGGCAGGGUCCCAUUGUCUUCCUCCAGGUUUAUCUCCCGUUUAGAUUAGUGGAUGUUUUGCAUAAGAGAGAGUGAGAGCUUUUGUGUCCACUGGUCUUAUAACUUGUUAAACUCAGAGCUUUAUAUUAUCUGCCUGGCAGGAGAUAAAACGUAAUACUGCUGGUAGUACUUUUUUGUGUGAGUGAGAGUGAGAGAGAGAGAGAGACUACAUUCAAGCCUUAUAAAAAAAGUCUUACAACACCCAUUGUAAUGGAGAAUGGAGCUUGCACUCUGUCAAAGACAUAGGUGGAAAAUCCAAGUUAAAGGGAGUGGAUCUCUUUAUGAUUGUGGUGGGUUUUUUUUAAUAGGUCAAGCAUUUUUGUUGCAUUUUAAGUUAUUCAGAAAUGAUGUCUUUCUGGUUUUGUCUUAUGUUUUCCAGAGCUCUGGGGGCUUUGCAGAAUAUUUGUUGGUCAAGAGUUGUGCCUUAUUUCAUGUGUGUGUUUUAAAAGAAAUUUAUUUCAGGCCAGGUGUUUUCAUGCCCUUUCAAACCUUUUCGUUAUAAUAGUUACAUUUUUUCCUUGCUUAACUGAUAAUGCCAUUGUCAGGUAUACUUUGCCACUAAAUGGCUACUUGUUUGUCCAA